AUGGGGUCAUUUUUAGGUGAGUUGCCCGAGGCAUUAAGUGCCAAAAUCACGAAAAUCACCACAGUGCUACCGGAUUCUUUGUCGAUAUUUGAGGAGCUAUACACGUUUGGUAAAUCAAGAGGCGUCGUUGAGCAGGAUCUUAAGAGACGGAAGCUGGAUAACGGGAGUGGGGAAAAUGGGGUGGCAGGUGCUGAUGGUAUACCAGACUCAGAUGUUAUCUUCCAACUCAACGACGUAUCGGUACUCUCACCAUUGAGGAAAAAACUGAAUUUUGUCUUACACCUUUCCCAAAGAGAUCGGAGGCCGAGUUUGUCCUUACGAAGGAACGAUCUGGUUGAAUUUUACAUAGAGGGACUGGGGGGGGCCAUUGAAUUGGCCGUGUUUUUACCGGUCCCAGAAAAGUCCAAUAUUGUGUAUCUUUUCAUCAAGUAUCGCAGUAGCGAGAAAUCCAAGUACUCGGAGCCAAUAUUGCUUGCUCUCAACAAAGCUGCUGUAUUACAACAGUUCCAUGACUCCGCAUUGCUGGAGCAAUCUAUUACGGACUUCAAUAAGUGCGUAGAGUACAUGAGAAAACAGGCUAUUUUGACAGGUUUCAGAAUUGCCGAUCCGUUCAGCAACAACACAGCAACAGAUCUGCAUUCCUUCCACCUUGAGUGCCACAGAGGUACAAAAGAGGGCACUUUGUACUUCCUUCCAGAUCUCGUCAUAUUUGGGUUCAAGAAACCGAUUCUGUUAUUUAAUUCAAAGGACAUUGAAUCGAUCACGUACUCCUCGAUUACAAGAUUGACGUUUGAUAUGACAUUGAUGACAAAGGAAGGUGGCAAGUACGAGUUUUCCAUGAUUGAUCAAAGCGAAUACGGGAAGAUUGAUGAAUAUGUCAAGAGAAAGCAAGUGGAGGAUAAGUCUAUGAGCGAAGAAUUGAAAUAUAAGUCGAAGAAGAAAACAGCAACGGAUGGAGAUGGUACAGAAACACCUUCUGCUUUACGGGAAGCUGCAAUCCAAAUGGGCGAGGGAACCAAUAUAAAUAAUGUCCCCAUUGACUCAGACGAUGAAGAAGACGACGCCAACUUUGAAGGGGGAAGUGAUUUGUCCGAUGGUAGUGGCAGUGAAAGUGAAAGUGAAGGUGACAGUGAAGACAACGAUAGCGAGGAAGAAGAGGAAGACAAAAACAACGGUAUAGAUUUAAAGGAGGAGGUUAAGCAGGAGCAACUACCACAAAGAUUGAAAACCAGUGUUGUCAAUAAUCACAAAGAUGUGCCGGCACCAAAACGUGAAGUGCCCCAUUUUGUAGACAUUCCGAUAGAAGUAGACGAUGAUGACGAUGAGGAUAAUUCCGGUGUCGAAUAUUAA